AUGGGGGCGAGCUCGGGGCCUCGCCGGAGUUCGGGCCAGGAGCCAGAUGGCACGGGCGACGGAGCGGACCGAAUCAGCGCCCUCCCCGACGACGUGCUCCUCCUCGUCCUCGCCCGCCUCCCUUGCGCCGCCGCCGCCGCCCGCACCGGAGUCCUCUCCCGCCGGUGGCGCGGCCUCUGGGCCCGCCUCCGCCAGAUCGUCCUCCGCGACGUGCCCUUCCCCUCGAUCGAGGCGGCGCUCGGCCGCGUCCCUCCUCCGCCGCCCGCGGUUUCCCUCCUCAAGAUCCGCGUCCCCCAGAGGCAGCGGCGCAGCUGGGGCUUUCCCAAUCCCAACCCCAAGAAGCACCGGGUAGACAGCGCCGGCGUCAACUCGCUGCUCCGCGCCGCCGCGCGGCUCGAGCCGGAGAGUCUCGAAUUCCGCCUCCCCGCCGGCUUAAUCGGCCGUUCCCGCCUCGCCGUCGACCUGCCUCGCUUCGACGGCGCCACGUCCAUCGCGCUGGACUUCGCCUCCCCCUUCUCCCUCCGCGUGCCGGCCGGCGCCGAGUUCCCCGCACUCGAGGCGCUGUCCCUGACGUACUGCAUCACCGACCUCGACGCCUUGCUCUCCUGCUGCCCGCGCCUGCGCACGCUCCGCCUCUGCAGGGCUUUGUUUCCCAACCAUAAGUGCGACGUCAGGGUCAGCUCCUCGUCGCUGCAGGAGCUCGUUGUGUGCCGCGAGCUCAGCCUGACACAGCGUGUCGUCAUCGUCGCGCCCGUGCUUAAGCAAUUGAGCAUGUCAUUUAGCACGAUGGAGCUGAUCGGCACCUCUGUCUUGGCACCAUUGGUGGAAAAGGUUUCGUGGCACUGCUAUUACUUGGGGCCGUAUGUUGUGUUUGGUCUUUGGGGCAUCAACAAGGUGCGGCUGCGGCUGCAGACAGCAGACACACAAGAACAGAUAUCCUCGCUGCAAAUUCAUGCCUGGGCGGACACGUCUCUUUUGCACGCCGAGGCGGGCAACUUCACGCAGGAGAUAGAGAAACAUAUGGUUGCCGCCUUCUCUGUUUUAGAGCUGCAUCUCACAGCAAAGGGGCAUGCUUUUGGAGCGUUUGUGUUUCAUUUCCUUGGGAUGGAUCGGAUUCGUACUGCUACGCGGAGGCUUAAGGUCGUCCUAGAGAGAUCAGCGAUGAAAGGAGGAUGCCUGCCACUUUGUCCUUGUGAGUUUCCGAACUGGAAGUCCCAAAUUAUCUGCUUGGCUGCUCUCGAAGAAGUGGAGUUCAAUGGCUUCGAAGGAAAGGAUCAUGAGUUUGAUUUACUGAAAUUGAUAAUCGGAUGUGCACCGAUGCUAAAAAGAAUGAUUGUGAAGCUGUCACAAGAGACCCCGGCAAGUAAUGAUGGAUGCGCAAAGAUACACAACAUCUUCAAGGCAUGUUCUUCUGUGGAAUGUGAUGUUUAUGACAGCUCUGGGCUAAUGUUUGGUUGCUUCAACUGA